UUUAAAGUCUCUCUCUUCCCACUUCAAAAACCAGCGUUUUAACAAAAAAUAUUAAUAUGUCAGGAUCCAUGCACACCCUGUCCCUACCCCCAAAGAAAUUGGAAGGUAAAGUAGCCGUAAUAACAGGCGGCGCCAGUGGAAUCGGUGAAGCUACGGCACAUCUUUUCGCCGACCACGGUGCUCGUAUGAUUGUGAUAGCCGAUAUCCAAGAUGAUCUCGGACAACAAGUAGCCAAAUCAAUUGGAACAGAAAAGUGCAUGUACAUGCACUGCGAUGUUGCAAAUGAAGAUCAAGUCAAAGCAUUAGUUGACUCAACGGUCCGGACUUAUGGUCAGCUAGACAUCAUGUUUAGUAACGCCGGGAUUUUAAGCGCCUCUCCUCAGACAGUUCUUGACCUCGAUUUGACAACCUUUGACCGUGUGUUUGCCGUAAACGUCCGUGGCAUGGCUGCAUGCGUGAAACAUGCGGCUCGUGUGAUGAUCGAGAAGGGCGUAAGAGGGAGUAUCGUGUGCACGGCCAGUGUUACAGGUAGCCGGGGAGGUUCACGGCUGACAGACUAUUGCAUGUCGAAGCAUGCGGUGAUUGGAUUGAUAAGAUCAGCCAGCACGCAGCUUGGAGUGCAUGGGAUUAGAGUGAACAGCGUGUCGCCAUCUGCAGUGGCGACUCCAACUUUGUGCAGGUCGUUCGGUGGUAUUGAUGCUGAGCAAGCUGAGAAUAUUUGUGAACGAUUCUCCAGCCUGAAAGGGAUUGUGCCCAAAGUGAAUCAUGUGGCAGAUACUGUACUGUUUCUUGCGUCUGAAGAUUCUGCGUUUGUGAGUGGGCACGACCUGGUGGUGGAUGGUGGCCUUUUAUCGAAAAUGCUCUAG